CUCUCUUGCGUUAGAGUGAGUGAAAGAGAGGACAACACUGCGAUACCUCAGAUUUACAAUACCGAACUUGCAAUGCAGCUAUUAUUUCAACGCCGCGUUACUUGUGUAUGUAUACGGGUGUGUGAGAGAGACUAAAUAAAAAAAGAGCGACGACGGUUGCGAGACCGCCCUGCGUCUACCAUAGACAUAUAUAUGUCUAUGGCGUCUACAUGCGGAUACGUCGCGGUUUACGCGAAGCUGAGUAAGCUGCUGCGUGUUGUGACUUUUGAGACUUGUCAGUGACAAUAUCUGCUAUCUAGUGGAGUGAAUAUUUUGUGGGAUUGUGUUAUACUAUAUAUAUUGUAAAUUGCUUUGCGAAAAUGGGAAGGAAACGUGACAGCAAGCAUUUUCCUCCUAGCCACCACAGGUUAUCUUUGAAGAGAUACCAUGUAAAAAGACGAAGGUUGCUAAAAUUAGCACAGAUGCAAAUCGAUCGUGACACUAUGAAUGAAUCCUCUAGUCCUCAAAGUUCUGUUGGAUUUCGACCCAAUGAAACAAAUUCUGAAAAUAGUACUGGCAAUGAAAUCACACAUUGUCUAUCACUAAUGAAAUCACACGUUGCUGAUCUUAAAAUUAAAGAAGAAGUGAUAAUAAAGGAAGAAGCAGAUAGUAAUGAAGAAAAAAAAGAUUUUGUUUUUGUUAACGUGGCUAAUAUAGCUGAAACAGAAGACUAUAAGGAAGAAGGCAUACUUAAUCAUAGUAUUGAAUCUUCUGAUGAGGAACGUGUCAUUCCUGACACGAUGAAUAACAUAGCUGAUAAUAAUUGUUCCAUUAAUGCAUUUAACAUUCAAGAAAAUAUACUUGCAGGUAAUGAAGAUAAUGUUAUUAAUGUAAAUAAUGGUGAAACACAACAUAGCCACAAUUGUUGCGGUACGUAUUGUAUUACUUAUCUGACACUUUAAUUAUUUAUUAGUGUU